GGAUUUGUUGAAUAUUUUAAUAUUCACGGUCCUUUUAUACACCGCUAAAUUUUAUUUUGAUUAUUUUACGCGAGACAAUCCGCUUCCAGGGCCAUUUCCACUUCCACUAAUUGGAUCGUUAUACACCUACCACGGUAAUGCUGUUCAAUGGGGUAUAAAACUACACAAAACAUAUGGUGAACUUUUCGAAGUUUGGUUCGGUACACAACGUCAAAUCUUUUUGAACGAGCAUAGGCAACUUGAAAAAUUACAUCAACCAAAUCUUAAAAAUAAUUUUAUCAUACACAUUUCGAGAAAUAAAGGCUUAGAAAAAUAUGGUGUGAUGAAUAGUGGAUUAUUAUUCAAUCUCGAUUUUGAGAAAUGGAAACAAAUUCGUAAAGAGUUGAAUCGGACAAUGACUUCACAAAGAUUCCAAAAGGAAACCAUCGUCGUGGUUCAAAAUUUAUUUGAUGAGAUGACCAAAUAUUGGGAAAAACUUGAACAUGAACAAGUCGAUCUAUCGAUAUGGGUUCACCGAUUAUUUUCGGAUCAUUUCUUUCUAACAACCACUGGAAUCUCUUGUCAACUCUUAGCACAAGAGUUUAAUACCCAAUGCACGGAUGCUCAAAAGUUAUCGAUCCGACAAGAGACAGUGGAUUUUUCAAAAUCGAUUACGGGGAGACAAAGAAUACACAACGAAGCUCUUCAAUUUUUUAUUUUGUCUCCAGAAAUUGUUUGGCGUUUUAUUUUAAGGAAAUUAACUAAUAAAUACUUGGAAAAUCGAUUAAAUUUCUACCAGCAAUUUGAUUCGAUAAUAGAAAAACGCCUAGAGCAAAUAAUGAAUGGAGAUACUCUAGAAUAUAAAGAUAGUGCAAUUAGUACAAUGAUUAAUAUGGAAAUUGAGCAUCAAAGCACACUAGAAACCGAAAGCAAAUUGCCAAAUCGACUAAUAAAUGUCGCUAAUAUUCGUGAAGCGUUGAUAACUGUUCUUGGCGCCUCAAUCGCAACGACUGUUAGCGCUUUUUUAUUUCUUAUUGAAUAUGUUGGCCGAAAUCCGAAUGUGGAAAAAAAACUUCUGGAAGAAUUGUUCGCUAUUCAUGGCACAGAUCCAAAUAGUCCAAUAGAAUUUGAUAAAUUGCAAAAAAUGAUAUACACUGAGGCUGUAAUUUACGAAAGUAG